AUGCCUCGCGGAUACGCCAUUGAGGAUACUAAGAACUGGACAGACUUCAAAGUCAUCGACUUUGAACUGAAGACACCUGGCGACGUUGACGUUGAUAUUGCUAUCACGCACUGUGGUAUCUGUGGCUCGGACCUGCACACGAUCUCAGGCGGCUGGGGCCCUCUCAAUGUACCAGCCGUGAUCCCCGGUCACGAAAUCGUGGGCAAAGUAACAAAGGUGGGCAAAAACGUGAAGGACAUCAAGGUGGGCGACCGUGUCGGCGUGGGUGCGCAAGUAGGCUCGUGCAACAACUGCCACCCAUGCAAGACCGACAACGAGAACUACUGCAUCGGUGAUGGCACUGGUUAUAUGGUGGACACAUACAACUGCAAGUGGCCCGAUGGCAGCAUUGCGCAGGGCGGCUACUCGUCCAACAUCCGUGUCCCUGAGGGCUUUGUAUUCCCGAUCCCUGACGCCAUCAAGUCUGAGCAUGCUGCGCCAAUGAUGUGCGCUGGUCUGACUCUGUACAGCCCACUCUACCGCAACAACGUCGGCCCUGGUAUGCGUGUCGGCAUUGUGGGCAUUGGUGGUCUCGGUCACUUUGGUGUGAUGUUCGCCAAGGCCAUGGGUGCGGAGGUCAUUGCGAUCUCUCACUCUGCACGCAAGAAGGAGGAUGCUCUGAAGAUGGGCGCCACACACUUUGUGUCCACGAAGGAGGACCCUGAGUGGUUCAAGCAGUUUUCCAACAAGCCUCUGGAUCUCAUCAUCAAUACGGCGUCGUCGGCUUCUGUGGAUCUCAAGGGCAUGCUAUCUUGCCUGAAGACAGGUGGCCGCCUCGUGUGUGUUGGUAUGCCGGAAGAUGAGAUCAAGCUGCGCGUACAGGAUCUCGCUAUGCGUGGGGCCCUGCUGGGUAGCAGUCAUAUUGGUAGCAAGGUGGAGGCUCUCAGCAUGCUGAAGCUAGCGGCUGAAAAGAAGGUGGAGCCCUGGAUUGAGCUCUACGAAAUGAAGGACUGCUCUGAGGCAGUGGCUCGCGUUGCCAAGGGUGAUGGUGCGUACAUCUCUACUGACAUUUCAGUUCGUUAUCGCUUUGUCCUGCAGCAGGAUCUGGAGAAGGAGGUCGCUUAG